ACGAGAGAGAGAAAGAAAGAUAUGGCGAAACCUCACCAGGCAACUACAACCAUGAAGGCAUUACCAAAAUUCCGCCACUGUUGGCAGCUAACGACUUGAAGGAUUUACUUAACACCACUACCGACUGUCCAAAUAACCAAGCAACAACUGGUUCGAAUACUUUUUUAGUUGUCUUUCUCGCAGAACCGUUCCAGGGGGGUCUUCUGGAAAGGCAUGGACAUAAUUCACUCCUCGUCUACCUUCGCAAUUGUUGAUUAUCUUGCUGCGUCAGAGUUCGUUUUUAUGCGGUUAUUUUCUUCCUACGGAAUUAGCUGACAUUUAUUUCAUUUACCAUUUAAAUAUCCUUGACACAUACACAAGCAUAACAAACUAUUUAUUUCUUUUUAUCUCCUUUGUCGAGUAAUUUUUUGAAAAAAAAAAAAUUCUUUUUGGGGAAGUCGGACUUAUUCGUUUGCCUGAAAUGUUUACAUGUCCUCGUCUCUCACUUAUUAUCUGAUACAGCUGAAAUAGAAGCAAAAAAGAGCAAGAAUUAUUACAUAGUUUGACAGACAGAAACACCGUUCAUAGAGUGGAAGAUAGGAAUUAUUAAUUUAAACAGAUAUUCGCUAUUCAGAGCCAAACAAGAAGGAUAUAUGUGCCAGCAAAUUGCUUCUCGUAUCGAAAUUAUGUGAAGCUCGGAAACAAUAAUUGUUUGCUGUAGACACAGAAGGAAAUAUUUAUUUAUAUAUCGGAGGGAAAAAACAUAUAUAGUUGGUCUAUUUUAGCUGUAACUGUCUGCCUAAACAGUUUGUGUUUUGUCUACCGAACUAGUUUUAUUUCUUAAUUUGUCCGAAGAAGGAACGAUUAUCGUUUUAGUAGUCAACAAUUAAGUUUAUCAUGAAAGCACCUUGAAGAAGCAAUUAACGCAAUUCAUAUUUUGCUUCUUGCAUAUUUAUCGAUAUAAUAUAUAUAUUCUGUGUGUGUGUUUAUCUUUAAAAUUUUCCUCUGACUUGCUUUUUUCUAUCCUGAGUUUAAGUUUAUAAAAUGAACAGCAGUCGUUCUUAGCAUGGCAGAUAAAGGAUGGGAAAUUAAAUACUGGACGUUAUGUAUGUCUAUAGCAGAGGUGGAGAAUGUUCGUGAGAUGGAAGUGGGGAGGAAAAGAAAACGAGAUAAUCAGGGGUUGUUCGUAAAACUAUGAAUGGGAGACAGACCUGAGAUAUUUUGUUGUUGUUGGGUUGAGACAGACUUUAACUGACUGACACUAAAAAACAAAGUCUCGAUCAGAGAAGGACGAGAGAGAGAAGUAGGGAAGUUAGGAGGGGCAGCCGACAACGAAGAAGGAUAUAGCAGGGAAGAAAAAAUAGUAAGGGACUAACUAUCAUUGAAGCCGUCCACAACCUUCAAACACACACCCACUUGUUGGUGAUGGUUUUUAGUAGCUUGUGAUGUUCGCAUAUUUCUUAGUUGUCAGUUAAAAGUGUGAAUGGGGGGCUAGAUUCGGUGCUGAGCAGAGGACAUUUUUGAAGUGAGUAUGUAAUAAUUGUUAAUAGGUAUGUAGGUACGUAGAUAGGUAGGUAGGUAUGUCGGUAUGUAUGCAGACAGACAGAAUAGACAGACAGUUUGUUUUAAGUUAGGUAAGGUAACAAAUAUUCAGAGAUUGUAGUUAAUGGUGGUAGUAUUGUUUUGUGUACAGUCAAGUAAUAACAACCUUAUCCAAACAUAAACUCUACUACUACCACACACACACACAGUAAUUAAUUUCUCGUUAAUUUCUCUUUUCAACUUUUCUCUGAAGAAGAACUCUGUCCGAAACGUUGGAUUUUCCACUCACCCCGGCAAGUUUUUGUACUUUUUUUUUUCAUCGAUUUUAUUUAAUAACACAAGUCUUGCCAACAGAUCAACAACUGCCUCUUUCGAGUCUGUUUGACCAUAUAAAUACAUAAUAACUCCAGAUAAACUUGACAUUCGGAACAGUACAGUACAAACGAAAGAUACCCCGCUCAGCGUAGACGUAAAACCACAGGAUAAAAAAUCUAUCUGAAGUGGCUAAAUGAACCCACUGUUCCACUAUAAGGAAGUGAGGUCAGGUUCUGUGUCAUCAUCAACAAUGUAGUAUCUCUAAAUACUUCCUUGUCAACCAAUCUCUCUCUCAUACAUACACACUCAAACACAUAUAUACUCGUUUAUACACCACCGUAUAGAUAAUUUUAAAGAACCCGUUUCACACAGCCAGUAGCAUUGCUGGUAGCCCACCAUCUUACCAUGGGGCGACGGAACCUUUUAAAUUAUAUUCGAUUCGAUAAUUGGAACCCAGAACAAGUAGCUGCCUGGUUACGAGGUCUGGAUGAUGUUGUUCUACCAUAUGUCCAGUAUUUCUUAAACAGUGGCAUUGAUGGUAAGAAGUUGUUUAUGAUGUCCAAUUUUGACCUGGAGAAACUCAACGUCACCAAGAUUGGUCACCAAGAACUGAUCCUAGAAUCUAUUGGAUUAUUGUUAACAUUGCGGUAUGGAUUUGAAUCUGAAAACCUGCAGUCUUUGGCGCUUCAGCUGAGCGUGAAGGCUCGGUGUUUGGUUGCUGUGUUAAACAAACAAUUAGCUGAAGAAGCAACAAACAAGAGCCAUGUUUCUUCCAACAGACGUGAUUCCUCAAAACAAACCAUUUCUGUACCGAUUCUCUCUGCAGUCUGUGAUAUUAUCAGUUCUCUGAAACCAAUUGUGACCUGGCUUGACCGGUCUCCAUUUGAAGGGAUGUGUGACCUACAGAUAUUUCGCAAGUCAAUUGUGAAGUUAGGACUUCAGUUAUUGGACAUCUCCCUUCCCUGUAAGAAUAAACUUCAAGAUUAUGAAAAUACCAUGUUGAAAUCUUGUGCAUCUCUAGCAACUAUUUGUGAUGAAAUUGUGACUAAGUCAAAAGAUCCUUUAGAAUUCCAACCAGCUUCCUUGGAACUUGCUACCAUUACGAAGAAACCAGAUGAAAAAACAUUGGGCCUUCACAUUGUGUCUUAUCAUGGCAUCCAUGUUAUUGGGGACAUCAAGGAACUGUCACCUGCCAAACUUAGUGGCAAAAUUAUGAAAGGAGAUGAAGUGAUUCAAGUGAACAAUCAGACAGUGGUUGGCUGGCAAUUAAGGAAACUCGUUUCAAAUGUGAAAGAGAAACCGAAAGAAGUCGUGCUCUUACUUAAGAAGCGUCCUCACCACACCAACCCGUUUGGACACAUCCCCAACCGACGCAAGAUCUCAAACAAACAGCAGACCUCCACCCUACCCAAGUCGUUGAAGAAACGACGAUGCCGUGACGAAGAGAAACCAUCCAGGGCAUCGUUCCAGGAGUAUCUUUCGUCAAAUGUUACUCCAGAUUUUGAUACAAACAAGGACGGCAAUGAGACGGACAAUGAGGUGUUCCGCAGUGGUUCUGAGUCUCCGCAGUACAAGGUGGAAGUUGAGUCAAAGCAAAGAAGGGCGACAGUGAGUGGUGGAUCACCAACCCAUACACGACCACCACUAGUGAUCGAAGAUCUAGACCAGAAGGAGUCAUCACCCGUCGUAUCUCCUGAUGAUGACACCAGUGAAGAAUUGAAGGACUCUGAGACAACAAAAGAGGAACGAAGAGAUACCGAGGGUGGAACUUUUGUGGUCAAACAAGUGAAAGCUGACAGAAUAAACUACCGUCAUUCUACGUCAGAUUUGCCACCCAGUACCCUCUACACAAAGCCGAAAGUAUUCAGGGCCGAAAUACCAUCUGAGGACUCUUGCUUCAUCUCCACCACACCCACUGCCGACAAGAAUCAGGUGACUACCAUAACAGUUGAAAGCAAGAAAGUCCCCAGCAGCAGCAGCAGCGACAACAGCAGCAGCAGCAGCAACAACAACAGCAACAGCAGUAUAACCCCUGAGAGUCCAAACAAAGUCUCAGAUUCUUCUCAAGUAACAGCCAGAUCUUGUAGCACUACGAGCGCCAACAGUACUAAUACCUACACUGUUUCUGUGGAUGCCACCCCUGCACAGCCGUCAGUAGCGGAUCAGGCAUAUCAUAAGCCGCUCCGGCAGACAAAGUCCCACCACACUUCGGAGACCACUUAUUCAUCCGCGUAUGACUAUGCAGUACAACGUAAGUUCAGCUGUCCAGUCGACCCUACUUCCCACGAGGAUUUUCAGCUUGACUCUGAAGCGAAGGAGUUAAUCUUAAGAAGUGCCAACCACACUCGCCACAAACGCAUCUCGAGCUUUCCUGCCAGUCAGCCGGCCGUUCCUCAGUCUGGUCCGUCCCCUGCUACUGACGGUCUCUGCAAAAGAAAUCUUCCCCACACGACAACAACGACGACAAUAACGACCGCCGCUCGACAACUAGUUUCCCAUUCGGCUGACUUCGACAUAGCGCACAGCAAGGGUUUCGGCGACAGUUCUGUCGCCAGCUUCGACACGACAACGCAUCACAAGUGGACACCCGUGGAGAACCGAAGCUGGAGCACGUCGGAGAUCUCGCAGGCUCCGAAUAGGGAAUUGGUGGUAAGAGCAAAAUCACGAACUAAUUCCGAAGUUGCAUGCGAUGCCAAAAAUACUCCUACCCUUACCAAAAUAACUCGGCUGAAUUCUAUCGGCAGCAAAGUAGACACUUCCAAAGAGAAAAUAAAAUGCAUGACUGACGAGGUUUUUGAAUUGGAAAGAAAAAAAGUCGAGGUCCAGAGUAGAGCGCAGGAACAUGAAGACAGAGCUGUCAGACCAGCUGUGAAGAAAGUUGAUUUUGAUGUCACUGCAAAAGAGAAAGUUGAAGAGCCAACAAGUUACACUUGUACUGUAGUGGGCGGUGUCGCCCAAAUGAUACCAAUGGGGAAAAAUACAUCAGAAUCUCAGGUUGUGAGGCGCCGUGCCAAGACAUCAAAACGAGUUGCCGCAGACAGGAGGAUUUCCUGUAAAGAUUUAGGCCGAGGGGAUUGUGAAGGCUGGUUAUACAAGAAGAAACAGAGUGCAGGGCCUCUGGGAAAGAACUGGAAGAAACGAUGGUGUAUUCUGAAGGAAAGCAACAUGUUCCACUACAAGAGAAAUGACGAUUUGAAAGCUGAGGGUGUGAUCCAUUUACCUGCAUUUAAAGUCUCACCUGCUCCUGAAAUGAAAUCCAAGAAAUUUGAACAUGGUGCCUUCAAGGUACACAACGCUGGCACCACAUUCUACUUUGCCUCUGAACGUCAAGAUGACAUGAGCAAGUGGAUGAACAAGAUGGGAUUAGCUGCUAUUAACUAUGAUAUGUCGAAUGUUAGCACAACAGGAGGUUUUAUAAAACCCGACAAACCAGUCAACACCCCUCAUGCUGUACAAACUGAUGUCUACUACAGUGAAAGUGAAGAUGACAAUGAUGAUACAAGCUCCCAUCAGGAACUUUCAGAACAUUCCGAAGGAAAAGAUUACGACAGCAGUAAUGACGACUUAAAGGAACUGUACAGACAACUCGAAAGACGGAAUCUCACUAUUGUUGGAACGGAUCGAAACCAGCGGCGGAGGAGUCACAUCCAGUCGGCCGACAUGAAGAUGACGGUCUCUGACGAGCAAAUCGACAGAAUGAAAAGAAUUUGUAUAUUGAAACGGUCAUUAAAGGACAAAGAAUUAGAGCUUGAGACUCUAGAGAAUAUCCUUGGGUCUGGAACACCGCAUCAGCUGCAAGAAUACAAAGAGUUAUAUGGUUCAACACAAUCUCUCGGCAGACUCUAAGUAAAUUUCUUUACUAAGGAGACAUUCUUCAACUGCUCUCUCUCCUCUUGGUUGCAGGGAGGGUGGGGGAGCAGGGUGGUGUGUACGCUGCCUCGCUUUAACAUCAACAUUUGCAUCACCAACCAAGCACGACUUGGGACAGAAAAGCAAUGGUGUGUGGUGGCUUGUAACGGUUGAGUGGAGAGAAAGGAGAAUGAAAAAGAAAGAGAAAAAAAAGAUUGAAAGAGAGAGAACGAGACUUGAAUGACAUUGUGGUCGAGUGCACCACAGCACUAAAGAACUGAAGAAUUAUUUGUUUUCAGUUCUUUUAUCAAUUGACUUAUGCCAUGAAUGAGAUUUUUUU